CGUUCAAUUUGCAUUCAACGUCUUCUAAGCUCGAUGUUUGGUGAAUUAUUUUAUAUCUUCGCGGAAAAACUGGGUUUUCCAAAAAGUGACACUUAUAUAACGAUAAAAAUUCGUAUGAAAUGAUCGAAUUUUCGAGCGAUUUAAAAUUAUCGCGCAAUUUGUGAUUAUUAUGGAUUAUUAAAUCGAGUGAAAUUCGUUAUUCGAACGGGAUUUUGAAUUCGGGACGCUUCCACGCUUCUUCAGUCCGACGUAAAUGGCGGGGAUUGAAAAAUAUUGAAAGACAGUGUGAUUAAUUUUUAUCGUUCAUUCAACGACAGAUACUCUUUUCAGUCGGAAUUAUUGCAGGGACAUAUUAGAUCAGUCAAGUCGACUAAACAACACAAACGACACCGAUGAUAUGAUCCUCCUCGUCGACGAUAUUAUUGGCAAGCUAACCUGGAAUUCCAAAGUGAGAAUUGUCGGCUAAACUUAUUUCAGAAUGAUCAGUGAUUCUCAAGAGAGAAUGAAAGCCUCCGACAAUGGCAUGGAGGUUGAUGAAGAGAACAUGGGAUAUGACACUGAUGAGGAGGGUGGUAUGAGAAUUGACGAUGAGAUAUACAUUCCACCGCCACUGAGAACCUUCUGCGAGGUCGAUACAACUGGUCCAAGACUUAUGAUUACUAAGAUCGUCAAUGUGAAUUUCAAAAGCUAUGCUGGCACAACUGUCAUUGGUCCUUUUCACAAGAGCUUCUCAGCAAUAGUUGGUCCCAAUGGUAGCGGCAAGAGCAAUGUAAUAGAUUCUAUGUUGUUUGUAUUUGGCUAUCGUGCCAGCAAGAUCAGAUCGAAGAAGAUUUCUGUCUUAAUACAUAAUUCCAGCGAGUAUUCGAAUUUGAAUAGUUGCACUGUCUCUGUACACUUUCAGAGAGUCAUCGAUAAAGAGCUCGAAGGAGACUACGAAGUCAUCCCAAACAGUGAGUUUGUUAUAUCUAGGACUGCGUUUAAAGACAAUUCAUCAUAUUAUGAGCUUGAUAAGAAGAAAAUGCAAUUUAAGGAAAUCGCUAAGGUUCUCCGAUCUCAUGGAGUCGACUUGGAUCAUAAUCGGUUUUUAAUAUUACAAGGUGAAGUAGAACAGAUUGCAAUGAUGAAACCUAAGGGACAAAAUGAAAACGAUACCGGAAUGCUGGAAUUUCUGGAGGACAUUAUUGGUACAUCUCGCUAUAAGGAACCUCUGGCAAAAUUAGCAGACAAGGUUGAACUGUUAACAGAGUGUAGACUAGAAAAGUUACAUCGUCUCAGAGUUGUGCAGAAGGAAAAGGAGAAUCUGGAGGAGCCUAUGGAAGAAGCAGUGCGAUACCUGAAGACAGAGAACACAAUAAUCAGAUUACAGCAUCAACUUUACCACUGUAAGAGAUCCGAAGCGGUGAAGGAACUUGCCGAGCAUGUAGUGAAGAACGAUACUCUAGACAAGGAACAGACCACAUUGAUGAACGAGAUGACAAAUGUUCGUCAACAAAAGGAGGAAAAGAUCAAGAUUAUUAAGGAGAAGAGCAAGAAAUGGGAUGCCUUACAGCGACAGAAGGAUGAGGCUACGGCAAAGUUCGACAAACUACGCAAGCAGGAUGAGUCGUUACACGCCGAAUUGGUUGAAACGAAUAAGCGGCGAAAAAACAACAUAGCAUCCAUGAAGACGGAAAAGAACAAGAUGGAAGAACUACUAAAUGUCCCGGAGAAGAAUACAAAAGACAUCGACGAAUACGAGAAGUUGAUCGAGACAUAUGUAACCAAUAAAGAAAAAGAAGAGACCGCGUUAACGACUUUGAUGGCAGGUCUGCGAACACAGACGGAGCCGUUGCUGAAUGAGCGGUCCGAUUUGGAAAAGGAGCUGAUAUCUCUUAGGAAAAACGUGGAUCAGGCGAAAGCGGCAUACGAUAUUGCGCAGUCCAAGCUGGAGCUUUAUACGUCGGUGGAGAAAGUUGAGAAAGAAAAGCUGGAAAAUCUCCGAGAAUCCGUGGAGAGAACAGCGAGCACUCUUAAGGAACGGCAGAAGCAGCUAGAGUUAUUCGAGCGAAAAAUUCCGGCAACCGAAAACAGCUUAAAACAGGCACAGGAUGAAUUGAAUGAGGCGAAAAGACGCGAAGUUGAGAAAGUCGCUCAGCUAAAGAAGAUGCAAAUGGCUUUCGAAGAACAGCGCUCUGCCAUGCAAGCCAGCAAAUCGCGGAAUCGUAUCUUAGAUGCAUUAAUGAGAGAGAAGCGAGAGGGACGGAUGCCUGGAAUAUUCGGAAGACUGGGCGACUUGGGUGCUAUUGACGCGAAAUAUGACGUUGCUAUAUCGACAGCAUGCGGUCCGCUGGACAACAUCAUCGUGGACACGGUGACCACGGCGCAGGCAUGCAUUACAUUUUUGCGGCAACAUAACAUAGGGCGCGCAACGUUUAUACCAUUAGAGAAACAACAGCGAUUCCUGUCCAAGUGUCAUAGCAAGAUUCAAACACCGGAAAAUGUGCAUCGACUGUUCGAUUUAAUAAAGGUAGAGGAUGAACGAGUGCUGCCGGCAUUCUACUACGCUUUACAUGACACUUUAGUGGCACAGGACUUGGAUCAAGCGACACGCAUUGCCUAUGGCAGGACGCGUUAUCGCGUGGUGACGUUGAAGGGCGAACUGAUCGAAUUGUCUGGUACGAUGAGUGGCGGCGGACGCACAGUACUGCGAGGUCGGAUGGGCCAGAAGGUGGUGAGGAGCGAGCCGUCGAGCGCCGAUAUCGAGACGCUGCAGUCACAGCUAGAUACCGUGUUUGAAGAGUGCAAUAACUUGAGGACAAAGCAGCAGCCAUUGGAGCAGCAGAUCCAUGUGUUGACGACUGCUUUGCAAGACAUGAAAAUGGACAGGAAAAAAUUUGGCAUUGAGGUACAGACGUUGAGAGAACAGGAACCGUCGUUGCAAGCACAGCUUAAAGAGCAGGAAAAGAAGGCCGCCCACUCGAUAUCGGAUCCAAAGAAGGUUGCGCAACUGCAGCAGGUGCUAGAUGCGGCAAAGUUGCACCUAGAUGAAGUCGAGGAGAGUUCCGCUUCGGUAGAAAGAAAGGUAGAGCAUAUCAAUAGCAAAAUAGAUGAUAUUUCUGGCAAUCGGGUACGAGAUCAACAGAAGAAAAUCGCACAGCUGACUAAAUCGAUAGACAAGGCCAAGGCCGAGGUAUGCCGUCUGCAGGUAGCCAUCAAAACUGCUGAGAGGAACGUCAAGAAGACGGAAAAAUACAUUGAAACAUUGGAGAGUGACAUACACACUUGCGAGGAGAGGUUAAGAAAUAUUCAAAAGGAGAAAUUGGAGUUCGAAGAACGUGCCAAGAUAAUUCUGGAUGAGUUGAAGGAGUUGAAUGAGGCAUUGACGGAGCGGGAUGACGCUAUGUCAUCCUUAAGAGACGAGUUGAACGAGCUGCAGGCGCGCGAGGAUAAGAUGAAAGCGGUGAAGAUCGACUUGGAUCAGAAACUACACGAAAGCAGAAAGUUGCUGAAGGAACUUCAACACGUAAUCCCCGAAUACAAUCGGAAGAUAGCGGAACUAGAGUUACGAUCGGUUCCUCGCGAGACAUUGGAGCCGCUUAAAGACUUGACGGAGGAAGAAAUCGACGAAUUGGACGUAAAGAUAGUGGCACAAAAUCUACAGAAGGCUAGGAAGAAGCUACCCGAACAGAUACCUAAUAUGAAGAUCAUUGCGGAUUAUCAGGAAAAGGACGCGUUGUACAUACGUCGCGUCGCCGAGUUGGAGGAAAUGACGUUGACGCGCAACAAGAUGCGCGACAUGUAUGAAACCGCUCGGCGACGUAGAAUUCAGGAGUUUCAGGAUGGUUUUAGCCUGAUCACCACGAAGUUAAAGGAGAUGUAUCAGAUGAUCACGUUGGGCGGCGAUGCGGAGUUGGAAUUAGUAGACUCGUUGGACCCGUUUAGCGAGGGUAUCGCAUUCAGCGUGCGUCCGCCGAAAAAAUCGUGGAAGAGCAUAAGCAAUCUCAGCGGUGGCGAAAAAACCCUGAGUUCAUUGGCGCUGGUUUUCGCCCUCCAUCACUACAAGCCCACGCCGGUCUACUUUAUGGAUGAGAUUGACGCGGCGCUCGAUUUCAAAAAUGUUUCAAUCGUUGGUAACUACAUCAAGGAGCGCACGAAGAACGCACAGUUCAUCGUUAUCUCACUACGCUCGAAUAUGUUUGAAUUGGCCGACUAUCUGGUGGGUAUCUAUAAGACGCGUAACUGUUCCAAGAGCGUGACUCUCAAUCUGGGCCGUUACUAUGAGAACAACGGCAUCGCGCCGCCCACGCAGCUCACUUCCAAGACCUACGCGUCACAGGCUACGCAGAGAACGCAGGCACUCUUGACGCAAUGCAGCCAGGCUGGCGCGCGUAAGGAGAACACUGCGCCCGCGAGUAAUCAAAAUAAUGCACGAGAAAUACAGUCGAACGAGGAGAAGGUAUUGUCCGCAAAGGAUGAUAACACGAAAGAAGUGGUGCUAAACGGAGAAAAGACGCCACACGCGAAGAACAAUAAAGCGAAAGAAAUUUCGUUAAAUGUGGAAGAGACGCCACACGCAAAGAACAAUAAAGCGAAAGAAAUUUCGCUAAAUAUGGAAGAGACGCCGGCUGCGAAGAACAAUAAAGCAAAGAAAACACCGGCCGCGAAGAACAAUAAUGCAAAGAAAACACCACAAAGGGAACAGCCGGAAGUCGAUCGAUUGAGUCUUCCAGAUUUGGCGAUAUGUCCGACAUCACAGAAAGUACCAUCUCGGCGUUCCGAUAGGCUUGCAAGGAAGAGUAUAAACGAGAGCAUUAACAAGGAACCGAUUAACAAGAAGCGGAAAUUGAUGAAGUGAUUGAAUGAUUCCGCGAACUUCGAAAGUCUGCAAGGUCCUUAAAGAUUACUGCGUGCAAAUGAAUAACCCUUAAUGUCGGAGUUAAUUUCAAUUCUUCUAAAUAUGUUGUAUAACGACAUUUUUUAAUAAUAAUAUUAAAUUUAUAUUUUCAAAAGACGUAAAAUUUGAUGAAUUAACGAUAAGAUUAAAAUAAGCGUUAUUAAAUAAAAUAAUUGUAAGAUUUGAUAGUAUAGUUUUAGUUAUGAACAAUAUAUAACGAAACUUAUAUAUAUCUAGUUUUGUUAUAAUAACGUCAUGCACACACAAACACACAUAUGUAAAUUGUCAGUUCUUUUGUAAUUUAAGAUGUCUGUAAAAGUGUAAGAUACUGAAAGUUAUAUAUGUGUAAUUAUAAGACAUAGAGUCUGUCUCUUUUCUUUUUUUGUAAUUUUCCAGUAUAAAUAUAAAUUUCAUUUUGGAAAAUACAAUAUAUACUUCAGUUAAAGAGAACAGACUCAUAAGUGAACGCAAAGUGCAAAAAUAUUUUUAUAUUUUUAUACAUGACCAGUUACUGUAAUUAAAUGUAGAUUGUAAUUGAUUGAUAUAUACUUAUAUAUAAA